AUGCCGCUACGAGCGCUCGGUGUGGUGCUGGCCGCGCUGCUGUUGCACGCGCACAACGAUUUUGCGCCGCUGGAUUCAUACGCUAUGUUCUCUGCAACAAGCAACUUGACCAUCGAGCACCAGUUCAGCGACUCGUACUACUCCGCGCGGGAGCUUUUCCGCAUACGCGCCGAGGCCGCAGGUGCCAAGCUCUAUUCGCUGCCUCUAGAGCAUUUACAGUCGCUGGACUUGACGGUGGACGUGGCUGUGCUGCAAGGAUCGAAGAAACAUAUACUGCUGCAUGUCUCAGGCACCCAUGGCGUCGAGGGAUUUGCAGGGAGCGCUAUCCAGGCGGUGCUAUUGAAGGAAGCUGCGGAGCGCUCGCGCUUUGCCGAACGGCUCGAUCCCACAGUGAUAUUCGUGCACGCGCUCAAUCCGUACGGGCUUGCUCGUCUACGACGGUUCAACGAGAACGGCGUGGACUUGAAUCGCAAUUGGCUCACUCCGGAGCAGUUCCAAGAACGUCAAGCAAGAGAGUUGGAUGGGCGCGGAUACAUGAGUGUCUACGAUCUGCUGAAUCCGACGGAAGUAAACGGGAUCCAGAACUGGUUUUGGACGAAAGGUAUGUGGUAUUUGGCUACGCGGGGCUUUUACGCCAUCAAGCAAGCGACUGUUGGUGGGAACUACCGUUUUCCGUGGACGCUCUUUUACGGAGGAACAGAGCUCGAACCGAGCUUGGUGCUCUUGCGAAAGUUCUUGCGAGAACAUGUGGACUUUGACGUCGUGAAGACAUUUGCGAUGAUUGAUGUGCACACUGGGCUCGGCCCUGCUGGGGUGGACACGCUCAUGCUGGGGGCGGACAGCAGCGUGGAUGUAGCACGCAGUGUCUUUCCUGGUCCUGAGUACGCAGAUAAGGUCGUUUCUACACACGACAGUAGCAACCCGGUGUCCCGCGGCUACGAUGAUGUUGGCGGCCUAAUCUACAAUGGUGUGGCAGGCCUAUUGUCCCCGCAAACGAAAGAGAACGCGGUCUUGUUGUGUCAAGAAUUCGGGACAGUGCCUGGCGUGUUUAUUUUGAAAGCCUUGGUUGAAGAGAACGUGAUGUACAAGCGUAGCUCGUCGUCAGCGGCCCGAUUGCCGUAUGCUCAGAAACUCAGGGACGUGUUUUAUCUGCAUCAGAGUAACUCGUGGAAGAGUGAGGUGCUGCGUCGCGGUGCUGACGUGUAUGAUCGGCUUUACGCGUUUGUAGCUUCCAAGGAAUGA